AGCUUUCACUUUCAAAUGGUGGAAGGAGUCAGCGCAGGAUUCUUCUGUCUGGGAGUGUUAAGUGCCCCAGGUCCCUGUUUCAGCUGAGACCUCUGCAACCUGUGCCGGGCUGCGCUUCUCCGCUCUCCUGGAACCACCUGCCUCUCACAAGAGGAGCCUAUGGCACCAAUGUUGAAUCUUGAAGCAGGGUUUGGGGCUUGAGCAGUGAAUCGCAUGUGCAAUUUCUGAGAGCAGAUUUGGGGCUGGCUGAGGUCUCACAGUACUGAGUUAGAGACGUUCCAGAAGCCCCAGGUUUUCAAGCAGGUCUGAGGAAAUGGAGAAUUGCUGCAGGGGCUCUUUGCUUUCCCAUCUCUCCUCCCUGCUUCUCCUCUUGCAAGUGCCUGCUGGGGGCUCUGCAGAGGAGUUUAUGGUGAUUGGCCCCUCCGAACCCAUCGUGGCAGUGCUGGGUGCGGACGUCACGCUGCCAUGUCUUGUGUCCCCAACCAUGGAUGUGGAGAAUAUGGAGCUGCGGUGGUUCCGCUCCAAGUUCUCAGAAGCAGUGUUCAUCUAUCAAAACCAGCGGGAGCAGAGAGAAGAGCAGUUGCCUCAGUACAGAGGGCGAACCUCACUUGUGAAGGAUUUCCUCACCCAGGGGGAGGCUGCUGUGCGCAUCCACAAUGUCCAGGCUUUCGACAACGGGCUGUAUACCUGCUUCUUCAGAAUGGGAAUCUUCCAUGAAGAGGCUGGUUUGGAACUGAAGGUGGCAGGUGUGGGCUCUGCCCCUCAUGUGCACAUCACAGGGCCAGAGGAGGAUGGGGUCCAAGUUGUGUGCAUGGCCUCGGGGUGGUUCCCAAAUCCCCAAGUGCAGUGGAGAGCUCCAAGUGGAGAGAAGUUCCUGAUGUUCUCUGAGACUCAAGCCCAAGAUGCUGAAGGGCUGUUCACCAUAGAGGCCACUCUUGUGGUGAGGGACAGCUCUUUAGGGAAUGUGACCUGCUCAGUCCUCAACCCCAUCCUGGGCCAGGAGAAGGCAAUGGCCAUUUACAUCCCAGAACCCUUCUUCCCUCGGAGUUCUCCCUGGAAGCUGGCUUUCAUGGUGAUCCUGACUGCGCUGAUGAUCCUACACCUUGGGGCUGUCUUCUAUAUCAUGAGAGAACAUACUGCAAAGCUCCAGGAGAUGCAGGAAUGGGAGAAACUGCACAGAGACAAGGAGGAGGACCAGCAGAUAAAGGAAGAGGCACUGAACGCCAGAGAUGAACUCCAGGCAGAUCUUGACUGGAGGAAAUCUGUUUUCCUGGCCGCCCUGAAGAAGGCAAAACUGUAUGCAGAUUGGCGGAAGGAGAAUUUCCAGGCCUUGACUGUCAGUCUGGAUCCAGAGUCUGCCCACUCCAGGCUUGCUGUCUCUGAUGACAAGACUAGUGUGACAUUCAAGGACUCACCCAAGUGCUCAGAAGAUGGAGUCUAUAGUGUCUUGAGUCAUGAAGGCAUCACUUCAGGGUGUUGUUACUGGGAGGUAGAGAUCAGGAAUGCAGAAAGAAGUGAGUGGGCCCUGGGGGUUUGUAGGAGAGAUGUGGAGAGGAAAGGCUGGUACUGGGAAUCCCCAGAAAAGGGAUUCUGGGUUGUGGGGAUGUAUGAUAAUAUAUUCGGUUCCCUCCCUGCUAAUGGAGAACACAUUGUGCCAAUUCCCCAGAGGUUAGGGGUUUUCCUGGACCUGAAUGAAGGGGAUGUCUCAUUCUACAACAUGACUGAUGGUUCCCACCUUUUCUCCUUCCCUCUUGCUUCCUCCUCUGGGACUCUGUUUCCAUACUUCAGGUUGAGGUCAGGAGUUGUGUCCCUGACCAUCUGCUCUGGGGUGGGUGGGCCCAUGCAGACCCCUGUACCCGUUAACAACCCUCCUUGUUCUUCAGAGGAGCCUGUGAGCCUCUCAGGGCAGGGGCUCAGUUCAGACUGUGGUGUUGAUGAAUCUCCAUUACUCCCCUCUGGUCCUGAAGCUAUGUCCCCAUAAUGCUCCAACACUGUCCCAGAUUCCUCAUGGUGGCUCCUCCUGGGGCUGCAGAUUCCCAGGGGUAAUAGCCUCUGAAGUUAGUCCUGAAUGACCGGGUGUCUUGCCCUUCUUUUCUGGGUAUAGACUGCUGGGGUGAGGUUAUGAGAAUAGUUGGUUCAUGCCUUAUGCUCAGGUAUUAGAAGAUAAAUGUUGACUUUUUCAGCUGUAAUGGGGUUGGCUGAAUUUUGCUAUUGGAAGUCAUGUUUCUUUUGAUCAUGAGCAUUAUUUCAUGGAGUCUUUGUAUUGUUUUGAUAUGAAAUGAGAUGAGGUCUGAAUUAUUCUGAAGAAUUAAGUAGUUUUUAUUUUAUAUAGUUUGAGCCAUGCAGUUAAACCCAGAGACUAUGGGUGGGUUACAAGCUCUAUUUAGGAAAUGUGCACUCUGACUAAAAAACAUUGUCCAUCUGAACAUUUCUGAAGAAAUGUAUGGCUAAUGGACUUGAAGAAUUCUAUUGUAGUGGAGUGUAGAAUUCUAUUGUAGAGGCUUCCUAUUUUGGAAUGGAUGAGACAUACUUAUCUUAAUGAAACUUAGUAAAUAUUUGGGUUUUUUUUCUGAAAUACUGGUGUUGCAUUAAUUCAGGGAAUGGAAAAAUGAGAGUUUGGUUUUCCUUGUGAGUCAGCAGCAGUUGGAAAGAACAGAACUACUACCAGAAUAAAGAGGUAAAUGAAAAUGUAUGUUUUCAAAGCUUUGACUAUAAGCACAGUUCCAGGAUCUAUGUACGGCUUCUCAGUACUUUUAGUCCAAUUGUAAAGGUGGAUGGAACCCACAGGAAACAGAAGAAAGCCAGACUCUUGAGGACUCAGACCUUGAUGAAUAAAGGUUUGUUGGCUCCUGAAGUAGAGAACGCCGACUUGUUGUAGUUCUGGGACAGAUGAGAAGACACGGAAUUGGAAGUGGAAGAAGGAGGUCACAGAUCUCAAUUCCUUCCUGUGACCAAAAGUAGGAAAAGGACUGGAGUCCCUUUGCAUAUUUUUCUAUCUUGUCAUGUAGAUUUGUCAUUUGUAUUAAUUAUCUAUUUUCAUACUCCCUUCUUACCAGUGUGAUUUUAUGCAAGUUGUCCAUGGUAAUAUUUCAAAUGUAAUCUCUAGAUAACAGAGGAGUCAAAUGAGUGUGGCUGGACUUAAGGAAUAAAUAUAACUGAUUCAAUGCC